CAUCCACCACCACCCCCGUUUAUCACCUACACUGACAAGGGCAUGAACGCUGUCGAGCGCUUCAAGACUGGGUUCGAGAAUUUCAGGAAUACUAUAUACGACAAGAGGCCGGAGCUGUUUGAGCGGCUCAAGACUGGCCAGUCACCAAAGGUAUAGUGCUGCCAUCAGAUUAAUAGUUUUAUACAUAGAUUAUGAAACCUAUAAUUUGUUCUUUCCAGCACACAUAGAAUGCGCCGGCAUAAUUUGCUGUCUCUACUAAGAAUUAUGCCAUUUGGAGGGUGCAUACCUCACAUUACGCUCUUUUGGUUUGUUUGUGGACUGAAGUCAAACUCGACUAAGGAAUUCUGAUGGGAACAGCUCAUUACCAUUGUGACCAUUGAGCAAUAUAUAUUGAUAAAAAAAAUAGUUGACAAAAUUUUCAUCUUCAGUACAAAGUACUAGUGGAAUUUCUUCAAAAUUCUACAUUAGAGGAACUAACAUGAACAAAAGCACAGAGCGGCUUACUAUAGAUGACCAAUGACAUGGUUCCUGCAUAUGUUAACUUUUUUUUUUUUUGAAGGACAGACCCGUCUAAAUAAAUGAAUAUUUUUGUUUUCUUAUUCUAUUAGCUUGCUUAGGUUCUAAGUUUUUUCCUUUAUGACUUGCGUGAGAAGGGCUAGAGAUGUGAUUUCUAGUGCUGUAGAGUGUCAUGUGGGGAAUGCACUACGUCCGCAGGCGCAAGGAUCAGCGACAACAGCAAAACGGCAAACAGUAGAUAUGCAGGAUUUGUUUUCGUUUGUUUCAGAGUCUGUUAAAGUUUGUUAGUUUGAUCUUUAUCUCUAAGAGUUUGUUAGAUGGCAUUGUAAUCUUUACUUAAAGGGCCAGUAUGGCGCAUGGAAUAAACAAGCAAUCAGAAAACCAAUCUAUCGCUCCUUUCCUGCCUUGCUAGUGCGGCGCCGGUCACGGCACCUCCGCGCCGGCGAGGUCCAGGACCACGCCCGGUUACUUCGUUCAAAUACUCCCUUCGCCGUAACCCUCCUUCCAAUCUCCUAGCCCGUGACAACUUGGUAUCAGAUUCCUCUGGUUCCGAUCCAAUGGCCUCUACUCAGAAUCAACUCGAUGAAAUCGCGAAGAACCUCACCUCCAUGGCGGCGCAAAUCUCCGAUCUCGCCAGGAAGAUGAGCACCUUGGAGCCCCUCGUGCCGCUCGCGGCAAAACUCGACAAGCUGCCUGAUCGCGUCACGCAGGUGCAGGCGUCCGCCUUCGAGUACUCGGAGCAAGUCCGCGCUCUCAACCUCGCCGUCGAGCGCGUCGAGGCUUCCCAGCGCGCGGCCACGACGAACCCUUCUGGCUUGGUCUCACGUCAGCCACGCGACAACACACCGCCACAAGAUGACGCUGACGCACGCUCGCGACGCGACCAACACGGCGACGACACCGCGAUCGACAACAGCUUCCUUCCUCGCGCCAAACUCGAGUUCCCGACGUACGACGGCAAGGGCGACCCGCUGCCAUGGCUGAACCGCUGCGAGACCUUCCGCGGACAGAAAACGCCGGAGACACGCAAGGUGUGGUAUGCCUCAUUGCAUCUAAUCGGGGACGCCCAGUUGUGGUAUUACAGGAUUGAGCUCAAUUCUGGCGAACCGUCGUGGCGGAGGUUCGUCCAGUUGGUGCACACUCGUUUCGGGCCACCCAUGACGGACAGCCCGCUAGGCGAGCUCACGGCCCUGCGUCGCACUGGCACGGUGGAGAACUACGUCAACAGUUUCCUCGCCUUGGCGUGCCGCGACGUCGAGCUAUCCGAGUCCCAGCAGGUUCAGCUCUUCACGGCUGGCCUCGUCAACCCGCUCAAGACUGAUGUCGCCCUCUGCCGCCCGCGAUCGCUGGACGACGCCAUUAUGCUGGCACGCGCGUACGAGCAGCGCGCCACCCUUGGCCCGACUGAUCCAUCCGCGCCGCGCACGGGACGAGUGCCGCGGCCUUCACUGCCGGCGUCGUCGGCCGCAUCCGCAUCUGCAUCGACCACUUCGGCUGAUGUUGCCGCAUCGACCGCUGCUGGCAAGCAGCCCCUGGUGUCGGCUCUGCCCCGCAAGCGACUUUCUCCAGCCGAGAUGGCCCAACGACGCUCCGAAGGGCUAUGCUACAAUUGCGACGAGAAGUACGUCGCAGGCCACCGGUGCAAGAAGUCGUUCGUGAUCGAGGUUAUCAGUUUCCCGGAAGACACCGGGGACGAGGAGGACUCCACGCCAGAAGCACACGCCAUCACCCUCGACGAGCCGAGCAUCUUCCUCCACGCCCUGGCUGGUAUCUCUGCUCCUAAGUUCAAUACUAUCAAGGUGUGGGCUCGUCUCGGCUCGCAGGAACUCGUCGCCCUCCUUGACUCCGGCUCAACACACAACUUCAUCAACGAUGCCAUCGCGCACCAGGCUAGCGUCCCUCUACAGCGCCGCCCCGGCCUCAGCGUAGCCGUGGCCAAUGGAGAUCGCGUGCCGUCACCGGGCAGGUGCCCGCCACAGCGCGUCUCCAUCGGCUCGCACGAGUUCGACAUCGACUUCUAUGCACUCCCGCUUGGCGGCUACGACAUUGUGCUAGGUGCACAGUGGCUCGGCACCCUCGGACCGACGCUAUGGGAUUUUUCUCGACAAUCCCUCGCCUUCGGACCCGCCCACGACCGCGUCACGUGGACAAGUAUCGACGCCGCACCGGCGCCCGCCCUUGCUGCCGCCAUCGACGGUCAGCCGGGCGACCUCAUGACCGAUCUGCUCGACGUCUUGAAAGACCUCUUCACCGAGCCGCACGGACUACCGCCAGAACGCCAUCUCUGCCACCGCAUACGACUGGAGGCAGGGGUAUCGGCUGUUGCGGUGCGCCCGUAUCGGUACGCGCACAUCCAGAAAGAUGAGCUCGAGCGACAGUGCGACGAUAUGCUCCGCCACGGCGUCAUCCGGCCCAGCUCGUCGGCAUUCUCGUCCCCGGCUUUGCUGAUCAAGAAGUGCGACGGCUCCUGGCGCUUCUGCGUCGACUACCGCGCCCUCAACGACAAGACCAUCAAGGAUAAGUUCCCGAUCCCGGUCGCCGAGGAACUCUUCGACGAGCUGCGCGGCGCCAAAUUCUUCACCAAGUUGGAUAUGCGUUCCGGCUACCACCAAGUGCUGAUGCAUCCGGACGACGUGCACAAGACGGCGUUCCGCACCCACCAAGGCCUCUUUGAGUUCUUGGUGAUGCCCUUCGGACUCACGAACGCGCCGGCGACAUUCCAAGCCUUGAUGAACGACGUGCUGCUUCCGUUCCUCCGCCGGUUCGUGCUCGUCUUCUUUGAUGAUAUUCUAAUAUACAGCUCGUCUUGGUCGGAGCACCUCCGCCAUGUACGCACGGUGUUGCAAACGCUGCAAGAUCAUUGCCUCCACCUCAAGCGCUCCAAGUGUGAGUUCGGCCUCACCUCCGUCGCAUACCUGGGGCAUGUCAUCUCCGGGGACGGUGUGGCGAUGGACCGUAGCAAGGUCCAGGCUGUGCUGGACUGGCCGGUGCCCAAGACGGUGCGCGCUGUUCGGGGCUUCUUGGGCCUCGCCGGCUACUACCGCCGCUUCAUCCGCGACUUCGGCGCUAUCGCCGCGCCACUGACGGCGCUCCUCCGUAAAGAGGGGUUCCGUUGGUCCGACGAGGCGGCAGCGGCGUUCCGCAAGCUGCAACACGCUUUGACGGCGGCGCCAGUCCUUCAACUUCCGGAUUUCAACCGCGACUUCAUCGUCGAAUGCGACGCGUCGGGUACGGGCCUUGGCGCCGUGCUCCACCAGGGCGGCGGUCCAGUCGCGUUCUUCAGCAUGCCCAUCGCCCCCCGUCACGCCAAGCUGGCCGCCUACGAGCGCGAAUUGAUCGGCCUCGUCAAGGCGGUCCGUCACUGGCGACCGUACCUCUGGGGCCGCCGCUUCAUCAUUCGCACGGACCAUUAUAGCUUGCGGUUCCUGCUCGACCAACGCCUCUCGACCAUUCCACAGCAUCAUUGGGCGAGCAAGCUGCUGGGAUUCGAUUUUGCCGUCGAGUACAAGCCUGGAACGGCCAAUGUCGUCGCCGACGCCCUAUCUCGCCGCGACGAACACUUGGCUGAAGCGUUUGUUCUAUCGGCGCCGCACUUCUCGCUGCUCGACGACGUUCGCCGCGAGGUUGCCUCUACUCCAUCCCUGGCAAGCCUCCGCGACGACAUCAUUCGCGGCGCUAAACCCCCGCCGUGGGCAUUCAAAGAUGGACUGAUCGUACUCAAGGAUCGGGUGUUUAUCCCGGAGUCGUCACCACUGCUACCCGCGGUCCUGGAGUUGGCGCACGGCCACGGCCACGAAGGAACCCAGAAGACCAUGUUCAGGCUCCGCGCCGAUUUCCAUGUGCCACGCGAUCGCGUGCUCGUGCAAGAUUUCGUGCGCGCCUGCCUCACAUGCCAACGGAACAAGACAGAACAUCUUCAGCCCGCCGGUCUUCUCCAGUCCCUCCCGGUGCCGUCCGCGGUGUGGGCUGACAUCGCUAUGGACUUCGUUGAGGGCCUUCCUCGCGUCCAUGGCAAGACGGUGAUCCUCACGGUGGUGGACAGGUUCUCCAAGUUCGCUCAUUUCAUCCCGCUGUCACAUCCAUACACGGCAACCACGGUGGCGGCAGCAUUCUUCGGCGACAUCGUCCGUUUACACGGUGUGCCGUCCUCCAUCGUCAGCGAUCGGGAUCCCGUCUUCACCAGCAAGUUUUGGACGGAGUUGUUUCGCCUCGCCGGGGUUCAGCUGAAUCUGACUUCAGCGUUUCAUCCACAGUCUGACGGCCAGUCCGAGGUCACCAACAAAAUCAUUGCAAUGUAUUUGCGCUGUCUCACAGGAGAUCGUCCUCGUCAAUGGUUGAGGUGGCUUCCGUGGGCGGAGUAUUGCUACAACACGUCAUAUCAGGCUUCGCUGCGGACGACGCCUUUCCAUGUAGUCUAUGGCCGCUCACCGCCGAGUCUGCGUUCUUAUGAGCCGGGGAGUACAUGCUUGCCAGCCGUUCAGCGCUCGAUGCAAGAUCGGGAUCAGUUUUUGGUAGCCAUCCGUGAUCGGCUGGAGCAGGCACAGCAGGUGUACAAGCAGGCCUAUGACAAGAAGCAUCGGGAGUUGAAUUUUGAUGUGGGCGAUUGGGUUUGGCUGCGCCUUCUGCAUCGGCCGAUGGCGUCGCUCGACACGAGGGGCCGUGGCAAGCUGGGGCCUAAGUUCUAUGGUCCCUACCAGAUCGUCGCUUGCAUCGGGUCGGUCGCUUAUCGUCUUCGCCUUCCGCCAGGAGCUCGUCUGCACGACGUUUUCCAUGUGGGACUGCUUAAACCGUUUCGGGGUGAGCCGCCAAGCACUCUGCCUCCGUUGCCGCCGACGCAGCAUGGUCAAGUCUGUUUGGAACCACAGUCAGUCUCCCGCAGUCGUUUGGCUCGAGGAGUCCGUCAAGUCUUGGUUCAGUGGAAGAACAAGCCGGCGGCAGACGCAUCGUGGUUGUCGCUGGAUGAAUUCCGUGCAUUAUAUCCGGAUUUCCAGCUCGAGGACGAGCUGCUUCUCGAGGGAGGGAGAGAUGUCAUGUGGGGAAUGCACUACGUCCGCAGGCGCAAGGAUCAGCGACAACAGCAAAACGGCAAACAGUAGAUAUGCAGGAUUUGUUUUCGUUUGUUUCAGAGUCUGUUAAAGUUUGUUAGUUUGAUCUUUAUCUCUAAGAGUUUGUUAGAUGGCAUUGUAAUCUUUACUUAAAGGGCCAGUAUGGCGCAUGGAAUAAACAAGCAAUCAGAAAACCAA